AUGAGCUCGUUGACAAACAGGCCACCUCUAAGGACAUAUUCAAAAACAUACUCCAAAAGGAAGCACCAGGAUAGCCCCAAUGAUACGAUCAAACGACGACGUAUCUUGGUGAUUGAGGACGAGGAAAGCGAAUCUGCUCCUUCAUCAGAUUUCCCAUCAUCAGAUGUCGCAGUCUUCUCUGAUGAGAAUGUCGCUCCUUCAACCCCUCCCUCAUCACCACCCAGUCUUGCCAUCUCUCCAAAAGAUGUACCCGAGGAGCGACAACCUUCAAAAUCCCAAGCUGGCAAGCCUGCGCCAAGUACAAAGUCUGCUCGGACAGCCUCAAAGCCACUUGUUCAGAUGCAACUCAACUUUGGUCAAUCGAUGCGAAAAACUUGCAAAGAGUGUCGUAUGGAAUACGUGCCGUCUGCUCCAGAAGAUGUUACUCUUCACAAGAAAUUUCACUCCCAACACGUCAAUGGCGUCCCCAUGGAGCGAGACUUUCUUACCAAGGUCAAAUCCGAGAAGGCCGUGUGGCAUGGUCCGCAAGGAGACUUUGUCAUAUGCCUCGACUCCCGGGAUCCGAAGAACUGGCUCAAAAAAUCUCGCGCUGUCUUUGAGAUGGCAACAGCAGAUCUGGGUGCUGUGGACAUACCUGAUGAGAAACUAUGGGGAUCACAAUUCGCUGCAAGUGCUCGAAACCAAAGGACCGACGCAAAUGAGGAGAAGAACGACAGGUACAAGUUGUAUCUCUACGUGGACAAUGGCAGAUGCGUAGGUCUCUGUCUUGCGGAAAGCAUCGAGAACGCUUUCAGAGUCGUCGAGCCAAAGAAGAAGGCGGAGAAAGAAAGGGAGGCACAGGAAGCAGAGGACGAGGGGGAGACGUCAGACUCCGGAAAAGUGCGGGCAAGCGAGCUACUGUCUAUCAGCGAAGAGACAGACGUAGCAGCAAUUGGCAUAUCUCGAAUCUGGACAUCUCGGGGGUCAAGGAAGAAGGGCAUCGCAAAAGCCCUGUUGAAGUGUGUUGCAAAGACAUUCCUACCUAAGGUUACAUCGAGAGAUAUGGUUGCCUUUAGUCAACCUACCGAGAUGGGGACAGCCUUAGCUAGACGGUGGUUCGGCCAGGAGUACGGAUGGCAUGUCUACGUUGAUUGUUGA